UGUGGUGCUGCCUUUGGCUAGAGAGUGACAGGGGACAGUAGCGCCUUGCCCCACCCGCUCGCAGUGGGACUGCAUAGACUUCAGCUUCUCCAGUUAGGCAGGUCUGUGCCAGGGCUAUGGGCGCCGCGCUGGGCACUGGCGCGCGGCUGACCUCCGUGCCUCGCAUAGCCUGCGGCAGUCUUCGGCGCCUGGCACCUUCCGCGCCCGCCCAGGGCUGCCACUCCAAGUCUGGCCCGCCUCGCCCUGUACCCCUGAAGAAGCGCGGAUACGAUGUCACCAGGAACCCCCAUCUCAACAAGGGCAUGGCCUUUACACUCGAAGAGAGGCUGCAGCUCGGCAUCCACGGCCUGAUCCCCCCCUGCUUCCUCAGCCAGGAUGUUCAGCUCCUCCGCAUCAUGAGAUACUACGAGAAUCAGCAGAGCGACCUGGACAAGUACAUCAUUCUCAUGACUCUCCAAGACCGCAAUGAGAAGCUCUUCUACCGGGUACUGACCUCAGACGUGGAGAAGUUCAUGCCCAUUGUGUACACACCCACUGUGGGGCUAGCCUGUCAGCACUACGGCCUCACCUUCCGCCGACCCCGUGGGCUGUUUAUCACCAUUCAUGACAAGGGCCACAUUGCAACAAUGCUGAACUCUUGGCCAGAAGACAAUAUUAAGGAGCUUCUCAAAGAUCCUCUGUACAUCGGCCUGAAACACCAACGUGUCCGUGGGAAGGAGUAUGAUGACCUGCUAGAUGAAUUCAUGCAGGCUGUGACAGAUAAGUUUGGAAUAAAUUGCCUCAUCCAGUUUGAAGACUUUGCCAAUGCCAAUGCCUUCCGUCUACUCAACAAAUACCGCAACAAGUACUGUAUGUUCAACGAUGACAUCCAAGGCACAGCCUCUGUCGCUGUGGCAGGGAUCCUGGCUGCUCUGAGAAUCACCAAGAACAGGCUGUCCAAUCAUGUGUUUGUUUUCCAGGGUGCGGGUGAGGCAGCCAUGGGCAUCGCCCACCUCCUUGUCAUGGCCCUGGAAAAGGAAGGCAUACCCAAGACAGAGGCCAUAAGGAAGAUCUGGAUGGUGGACUCCAAGGGUCUGAUUGUCAAGGGUAGAAGCCACCUAAACCAUGAGAAGGAGAUGUUUGCCCAAGACCACCCUGAAGUCAACUCCCUGGAGGAGGUAGUAAAGCUGGUGAAGCCCACAGCAAUUAUAGGUGUCGCUGCCAUCGCAGGAGCCUUCACGGAGCAGAUUCUGAGGGACAUGGCCUCCUUCCAUGAGCGCCCUAUCAUCUUUGCCCUGAGCAACCCCACCAGCAAGGCUGAGUGUACAGCUGAGAAGUGCUACCGGGUCACUGAGGGCCGAGGAAUCUUUGCAAGUGGAAGUCCUUUUAAGAGUGUGACUCUGGAAGAUGGCAGGACAUUCACUCCUGGUCAGGGAAACAAUGCCUAUGUGUUUCCUGGGGUAGCCCUGGGCGUCAUCGCUGGUGGGAUCCGGCACAUCCCAGAUGAAAUUUUCCUCCUGACAGCAGAGCAAAUUGCCCAGGAAGUCUCUGAGCAGCACCUAUCUCAGGGGAGACUCUACCCACCGCUCAGCACCAUCCGAGAUGUGUCCCUGAGAAUUGCAGUCAAAGUCCUCGACUAUGCAUACAAACACAACCUGGCCUCCUACUAUCCAGAGCCCAAGGACAAGGAGGCUUUUGUAAAAUCUCUGAUCUACACUCCAGACUAUGACUCCUUCUCGCUAGACACCUACAGCUGGCCUAAGGAAGCGAUGAGUGUUCAGAAGAUCUGACGCAGUCGCCAGAGAUGGUUUGGGAUGAAGAAAUACAACAUAAACGGGUUCCAAAAUAGCCAGUCUUGUCUCCGUGGUUCUGUUUGUCAUUUGUCUUCCUUUGGGUUUGGGGGUAGAUGCUAAGGCAUACAGUGAUGACAGCUUUGUUCCUGAAGGCCCUGGAGGUUCACCUUCCUAUAACCCUUGUCUGAAUUCCUUUCUGAAUAUCUCUUUUACUAUUAAUUGCUAACUACUCACCAAGCCUUGUGGGAAUUUCAGCCUAGAACCCUGCCCUUGUAGAGGUCAAGGUCUAGAUUGGACAUGAGUCCUUUUUCAUAAGAAAGUGUCCAUGAAAAAAAAAAAGUUCAUAUAGAAGCCAGCGUGCUCGAAGAAGAAUGGACACUUCCUAUAAAGACAAAAAGGAGAGCUGGCUUUUUACUUUGCCCCAAGGAUAAAGGAUGGGUUAAGUCAUAAGCACUCAAGAAAUGCAAGCAAAGCUACUUGCUAGAAAAUGAGGCCCACUCAUCAGGAAGUUAAUCCCUUUCAGAAGAAUAUAUUACCUUCAAGACUCAGUAGGAUGUGGGGGCUGAGUGGCUAGAUGCUCAUCAAGAAGGCUCACUGCCCUUUGGGUUGCUGAGUACUGUACAUUCGUUUUUGUCAUCACUAAAAGGAAAACUAGAGAAAUAGGGGUGGGAAGGGUCAGCAUGCCAAAGAAUGAGGAAAAAGAGAAGCAGCGAGAGUAAACACCGUGAGGAAGGUCAACCCGUUAGAUUUAAUGUCUAAAAAAGACUUGAUUUAAUGUUCCAGGUUCUGAAACAGACUCUCCUUUCCAUCCUUCAAAGUGACAUAAUUGAGCAAGUCAACACAGUUUGCUUGUAGAGGUCUGUCCUUGGUGUUUCAGAGGCCAGUUUAGUGAAAACUUUUACCUCCCUCAUGUUGAGGAGUGCUCACACUCCAAGACAAACAGUAAAGAGCAGCCUGGAGCCCCUGCUGUGACCCAUCCCAUUUCUCUGUAUAAGUCAUGCUUAAGACCUAUACACACACACACACACACACACACACACACACACACACACACCGUCUCCUUGGCCAGGAUUCCCGCUGCCUGUAACAGCAGGACUAUUUGACUGUCUCUCAGUUCAAGCCAGGUAAACUAUUAAGAUUCAUGGAGAGAAUUUAGUAGAUUCAUGAAUCAAUCGUCCCUUAUUCGGGUCUUAUUCUUCCAAUAUCAGCUUCUUUUGAUGCUAGUUCUCAGCCAGCAUCAAUAUCCCCAAAGCAUAGACCUAAAUGCAGAAAGUAAACUAUACAUUUCUAGAAGAGAAUAAAGCAGUCAGUCCUUGUGAAGAUUCCCCAGUAAUCUCUGCUUAAAAUCUCAUACGCAAUGCCUGUAUCCCUGGGAAUACAACACACAAAAGAUGGAAGAAACUGGCCAAGGUUUCCAGUGUUCUGAUCUACUGCAUCAGCCCCACAUGGCCGCCAAGAUUUCUCAUCAUGGCCAUCUGAUUUCUCAUUUCCUCAGGAGAAACCAUCUGCCUGGACCCAGCUUAAUCCUUUUUAUUCCAACUCCAGAAUCAGUAGAUGCACCCAGAGAAGAAAGUGGCUGCUUAUAUCAGAAAGGCUCCCUCCACAGAAUCCAGUACUGCUAGUCAAUAUUCUUCUCAGAGUUCUCACAUAUGGCUUUGGAAAUAUCUUCCUAUUUUUUUUUUAAUUGGUGCAGGUAGUGUCUUGGGGUUCCAUCAUUUAAUCUACUAUAUCCUAUGAAGAGAAUUAAAAGUUUCUAGACAUAGAUUUUCAAACUUCCAGAUAUAUUCUUUUUUUUUUC